UCGAAGUGCGACGGAGCCGCCAUCUUGUGAGGACCCGUUUGGGAGGGGGGCUUUAAUUUCAAUUUAAAAACUUUUUCAGCAUUCAUUAGAGUUAUUUCCCGCCCCCACGACUGAGGGGAAUUUUAAAAAUGGUAAAAAUAUUUAUCGGGAAUCUGCCGCGCAUAGCAACGAAAGAAGAAAUUAAGGAGUUAUUCGAGAAGUACGGUAAACUGACAGAAUGCGACAUCAUCAAGAAUUAUGGCUUUGUGCACAUGGAGGAUAAAGAGGCAGCAGAUGAGGCGAUCAAGAACCUUCAUCACCACAAGCUGCACGGGCUUCCCAUCAAUGUUGAAGCCAGCAAGAGCAAGGUGAAGACCUCCACUAAGCUGCAUGUCAGUAACAUCGGAGCUGAGUGCACGAACCAAGAGCUGCGAGCUAGGUUCGAAGAGUACGGACCUGUCAUCGAGUGUGACAUUGUCAAGGACUAUGCCUUUGUACACAUGGAGCGGGAGGAAGAUGCCAUGGAAGCCAUCAGAGGCUUUGAUGGCACUGAAUUUAAAGGCAAACGGAUCCAUGUCCAGCUGUCGAGGAGCCGGCUUCGGACACAACCUGGGAUGGGCGAGAAAAAUGGCUGUUACCGGUGCGGUAAAGAGGGCCACUGGUCUAAAGAAUGCCCCAAAGAUCGCGGCGGUUUUGACGGUGGAUUCUCUUGCGACUACCCCCAACCUUACCCAACGCGGCCCAUGUCAGCAUACGGAGAGCGUCCUGUGUACGAUGAGCGGUACGGGAUGGCUCACCACUACGAGAGCUACCCGGCACAGCCAUAUGCGGCGACGGGAGACUCCUACUUUGAUCGGCGCCCAACUCAGCUUGCACCUAUAGGCGCCGCGAUGGCCAAUUGCGUCCCUGGCGGGUUAGAUCCCUAUGGGAGGCACCCAGUGCUGCCCUCGCCCCUUCCCUAUUACAACCGGGAUAGGAGCCCUCUGCGACGGAUGCCUGUGGCCCCCUCGAGCACCGGAUAUGGGUUUGAUUACACACAAGUCAAUGCGGCAGCACUGUCCAAUAGAUCUCCAUAUGACAUACCGAGCACAAUGGGAAAUGCCUACGUGGACCGUUCGCGAUACUCUAUGUUCUGAUCCAAAGGUGAGGCACUAUCCUCUUUCCAACUGCAGGUGUGUGUCUGACAUUGCAGGUGCUACUUCAGGUGGCUAUUGCACAAGGAGCUUCAAGGCUCCUCUUCCUCUGCCCCCUUCCUCCCAGGGUAACAUUGGUUCAGGGUGGGCUGGGAUUCCCAGUGUUAUUUAGUAGGCUUCUGAUGUGCUUCCAUUAAGAUUUAUGUGUGGAUUGGGACCAAUCACACAUUUUAUUGGAAGGAAACUUGUGGAGCCAGAGCUCUUCUACGUAGAGGUGAUGACAGCUGGUGAUUGGGUGAACGUUGACCAGAACAGCAGACUGCACCGUUACUGAAGUUGAUAAGUGCUUAGUGGUAACAGAACCUCGUGAUCUUUAUCUUUACAUUGAACAGUUUUUUUUUCUUUCUGUGCUGCCGAGGAUCUCAGUUCUUUGUGCAUUAGCCACUGAAUGUCUCUGAGUUUGUUAUCGACAUGGCUCAUGUAGGACAGGGUGAAAUGGCUGCGUGUUUCAGAGUGGUCGAUUUCAGGCUGCAAACUUGAGGUGAGAUGUGUGCCUCUUUAUUUUAACAUAUAUAUUUAGAGAAAUCAAAAUUGACGUCCUUGUGUGUACUUCUUUUUGUUUCUUGCAGGAAUUAUUAAGUAUCUCCGGGUCCCCCUCCCCCCAGUAUACGUGUGAGUCUUCGGGUUGUGCGGGAUGUAGCGCAAAGGACAUUUGGUGCGAUACCCCACCCCUAAUCUUUUAUUUUUAGAAAUAGUUAAAAGUACAACUCAGUUCUAGACACCAGCUCACUGUACUGGCAGUGAGCAGUGGCAAACCCCUCUCCUGCUUUCUCUGAAAACCGGGCUUGUUCUGCGUGUUCUGUUUUUAAGUCGUAACAAUUCUUUGUGCUGGUCAGGAGUACAUUGCACCUCUGUCAGCAGUAGAAAACUGACUCUUCUCUUUUUUUUAGUUUAUGCAUUUUCUUGUAUUGAAAACUAAUACAAUAAAUACCAGGUGUUUUACAUUCA